CCUAGAUGGCUGACCACACAGAAGUUAUGCAAGGCAUCAGGAAGGCCUCUGGGGUCAGCUACCCUGUUCUGACGCCCAAUCUCAAGGGAUUUGAAGCAGCGGUGGCAGCCGGAGCCAAGGAAGUGUCAAUCUUCGGAGCAGCUUCGGAACUCUUCACAAGAAAGAACAUCAACUGUUCCAUAGAGGAGAGUCUGCAAAGAUUUAGUGAUGUUCUGCAGGCAUCCAAAGGAGCCAGUAUUCCAGUCCGAGGCUAUGUCUCCUGCGUUCUUGGCUGCCCUUAUGAAGGAAAGAUUUCUCCUGCUAAAGUGGCAGAGGUGUCAAAGAAAAUGUAUGCGAUGGGGUGCUAUGAGAUUUCUCUCGGCGACACCAUUGGUGUGGGGACCCCAGGCAACAUGAAGGAGAUGCUGUCUGCAGUCAUGAAGGAGGUGCCCGUUGAAGCCCUUGCAGUUCACUGCCACGACACUUAUGGACAAGCUCUUGCCAAUACACUAGUAGCACUACAGAUGGGUGUGAAUGUGGUCGAUUCAUCGGUUGCUGGCCUUGGAGGCUGUCCUUAUGCUCAGGGAGCAUCAGGAAAUGUGGCAACGGAAGACAUGGUGUACAUGCUGCACGGCCUUGGGAUUCACACAGGUGUGGAUCUAUCAAAGCUCCUUGAAGCAGGCACUUUCAUCUGCAAGAUGCUGAACCGGAAGACCAGUUCAAAAGUUGCACAGGCCACCUGCAAACUGUGAGGUAGAUCAGUGCCUUUCCUGGACUUGCUGGGAAUCAAAACUCUAUGGCAGUCUGGAAACUGCCAUGCUAGCAUUUGUUCCCCUCACUGUAUUUAAGCACUAUCCAAUGACUCAGAAUUAAAAGACCAGAAAAUGAAACGGCUGGAUUUUACACUAAAAGGAAGAAGACGUUAAAAGAAUGUAGGACGCCAGAGCUCCCUAGCAAACGUGUUGGAUGUGUUUGAAGAUGGAUGUUGCAAUUGUCUUAAGGGGCAAAGGCAUUGUUCUCGCCCUUAUUUUUGAUCUAGGCCUCUUGUGCCUAACCCUAAACCCUGAAAUCUGUUUUGUACCUAGGGCCAUCACACUGCUCAGCAUCACUGCCUCCAAUGUUUUUCCAGUGCUGGGCUUUCUAAAGGUUUUAACUGUCAGGACAAACUUCCCUUUUUAUAAGCUGUUGGGUCAUUAGGAUCCUUUUUAGGGGCAGUGGUCCUGGGGAAUUCUGGGAGUUGAAGUCCACACAACUUAAAAGUGGCCAAAGUUGAGAAACUCAGAUCUACAGGAUUUGCCUCGUCAAACCUUGAAACAGAAAAAUGUAUGCUGGGAUUUCUUUCCAAAUAAAACACAUUUUUACUCUGGA